CUCCCCGUUUGGAGCAGAGAAGUUGAUGCCGCACCUCAAUCACACCCAGAGGCCUUGAGACUCAACACUCUUUAAUUCUUGCAACUAUAAAAAGAGCUUUCAUCGUCAAAAGAGGCAACAGCGAGCCUAUAUCCUACUGAGCAUUUUAUUACUGGGAACAGAGAAAGCUGGAGCAGGAGAGUGACUGGAAGUCUGCGAGAUCUGAGGAGCCAAGACCGAAGGGGGAAGCAAGAAGGGAAAACAAGAAUUUCGAAAAAGCUCUGAGUUGGAGAAGAAGAUGGUGUGUCAGUGCUGGUUGUUUAUGGUUCUGAUGGGAUUUAUGUGCAGCUCUGGGUCUGGCUCAGGGUGCUUAGAGAGCUCUACAUGCAAUGACUUGAGUAACAAGGACAUAAUACAGGACUGCCUUCACCUCUGCACCUCUGCAAUCGAGCCUGAAACCAAGCCACCCAGGGUCACAGAUCAGCAGGAGAAUGAUGAUUUUGAUGAUCCUGAGGAGAGCCAUACGGGUGACCUGCUGCUCAGCAUCAUUCUCUCCACUCUGGCUUCUGAAGGCAAAGUACCGGAGGGAGAUCUGAAAACCCAUGAUGACCAGCGCCGCUCUUAUGCAAUGGAGCAUUUCCGCUGGGGGAAGCCUUUCGGCCGAAAGCGCAGGCCUGUUAAAGUGUUCCCCUCUGCUCUGGAUGAGGAGGUCUUUCCCCUGCGGGCGCGCAGGCACUUGAGCUGGAACAAAGCUGAAUCAAAGGGAGGCGUUGUUAAAGGAAAGCAUCAGAAUAAGGAUGUGCUCGGGUCCAGAGCCGGGUUCAGGUCUCGGGCCACACCAGAGAGAAAAGCCGAGACCUACAGGAUGAGUCACUUCAGAUGGGGCAGCCCGCUUGCAUCCAAACAAAACAAUGGGUUUGUGAAGCUGUGGGAGGAGAAACCUCGGGAAAAGCUGUCCAAGUUAUUCAAGAACAUUUUAGUGAAGGAUGUGAAAACGAUAAUGGGCUAAAAAAAAAAAAAAGGUAGAC